AUGUCGAGCUCCUUGCCACGCCCCAAGCGCGCAGGCGAAGAUUUCGCCAGUACCCACUACAAUGACGACGGCGAGGAUUCAGAGCACAAGAAGCCCCGCUUCGACCUUCGCAACCCCUCCGCUCUUGCAGCUGAUGCGCCUGAAGAGGACGCAGUACUCGAUGCCGAUGAGAUUGGCAGACGUGGCCAGAGAAUAAGACGCAAGGCGGUAAAUCUCGAGGGUUACGAUUCGGACAGCGAGAACGAGGGGUUUUCCGCGCGCACAGAAGAUAAACCCAAGCGCCAACAAGCCAAGGAAGACACGGAAGACGAUGACAUGUUUGCCGAACUACAAGAAGACUUUGGCGAAGAGGAAGUCGACGGCGACGAGGUUAUAAACAAGAACAAGAAGUCCGUUCGCUUCCUACGAGACGAUGAGAUCGAGGGCCAAGUCGCUUCUUCAAAAGGCGGAGGAGCGCUACAUGUCGAUCUGAGCAAGGGUGCAGCUGAAAUUGUUGAGGAGGAAGAUGGAAGUGAUAGUGAGGUUGGGGAAGAGGAGCGCGCCCGAGUCGAUGAAGAGGUGGACGAGGAACUUGGCGCGGGUGGGAAGAAAAAGCACGCACCCCUACUGGAUGCUUUCAACAUGCGAACGGAACAAGAGGAGGGUCGAUUUGACGACCAAGGCAACUACGUCCGCAAAGCAAUAGACCCCGAUGCGGCCUACGACUCGUGGUUGGAGGGUGUUUCCAAGAAGGAUAUAAAGAAGGCCAAAGAGGCCGCCGAGCAACGCGACGCAGAGCGCAAAGAGAAGGACCGAAUGGACGACAGCAUUUUGACAGCGGAUGCCCUGAAGACGAUCAUCAUCCACCUCGAACGCGGCGAAACAAUACUCGAGGCACUGGCCCGACUGGGCAAAGGCCUUCGCCGAAAGCCUAAGUGGCAAAACAAGAAAAACAAGAAGAACGCUGUCGAGGAUAUUGAGAUGACGGAUGAGGACCCCAACGAGGUGGCCCGGAAGAAGGCAAUUGAUUCUAUUACUGGCGCCGCCGAUAUCUUAAUGGGCCGCGGCCAAAUAGAUAUCUACGAUACAGAGCGCGAAAUGCUCACCCGGCAGUACCGCAACGACACGGGUGAGGACUGGAUUGACCCUCCUGCAAACGAAGUGACUGAGCAAGGUCCUGCCAUGUGGGAAUAUCGGUGGUCUGACGCUAGAGAUGGAGGGGAUGCCCAUGGGCCAUAUGAUAGCGCAAUGAUGGACUCAUGGAAGAAUGCGGGCUACUUUGGCGAAGGCGUUGAGUUCCGUAAGGUUGGAGAUUCAGGGCCGUGGAGCGGCACUGUCAAUUUCUUGUAA